GGUUGCCGAUGUAAUGUUGAAUGUUGAACGUUGAUGCUCCUCCCUCUUCACUCAAACACAUUAAUACAUACAUAGUCCCAUUUCUCGAAAAAUAUACGGAUUCCUUUUUCGACGACCGAAACGAUUCUUCAUAUUACGUGUUUACGCACCUUUUUUGUUUGAGAAAGAGACAGAGGAAAGGCACGGAGAAAGUUAGCGCUUCGUGAGGAGAAAAGAUCAGAUCAAGGAAGCACAAGCAGAUAUGGCUUCAAGAAAGAAGGUCUUACUGAAGGUGAGGACUAUCACUAGGGCUCUUAUCUCUGGUUUGAUACUGAAUAUGAAAUUCGCAGGUCAUUAUCCUAGGCGAUAGCGGUGUAGGAAAGACGAGUUUGAUGAAUCAAUAUGUACGUUGAACACAUGCCGAGUCCUCCAUCUUUUACCCUUGAUGUAUACGCCAACACGAGAGACUAAUAGUGAAAUAGGUCAAUAAGAAGUUCAGUGCAAGCUACAAAGCGACUAUUGGGGCGGAUUUCUUGACGAAGGAAGUUCUGGUUGAUGAUAGAUUAGUCACUAUGCAGGUGAGGGUGCUUCAAUACAUGGCGGCUAGAAUGUGGUAGCUGAUAGUUAUAUUAUAGCUUUGGGAUACAGCAGGUCAGGAACGGUUUCAAUCGUUAGGGGUCGCAUUCUACAGAGGAGCGGAUUGCUGCGUUCUUGUCUACGAUGUCAACAAUUCAAAAAGUUUCGACACAUUGGAUAGCUGGAGGGAUGAAUUCUUGAUCCAGGCCUCGCCCAGAGAUCCGGAAAGCUUUCCAUUUGUGAGUUUAGCAAUUCUGCUGAAAUGGACUGUGGCACUGAUGAUUAAAUAGGUAGUUCUAGGCAACAAGAUUGAUUUUGAGGAGAACAAGAGAGUAGUAAGUUUCGCAUUGGGAUUGCAUUGCCGUAUUUUGCUAAUGGCACCCUAGAUCUCCUCAAAACGGGCCAUGACUUUCUGCACUUCAAAAGGCAAUAUUCCAUACUUCGAGACAAGUGCAAAGGAGGCCAUCAAUGUUGAGCAAGCCUUUGAAGGUAAGUAAUCCCUAUCUUCUUGACACUUCUGAGCUAACCUCCUGUUCAGUCAUUGCCAGAAAUGCGCUAGCACAGGAGGAAUCGGAAGAAUACAAUGGAGAUUACUCGGAUCCAAUCAACAUUCAUAUCGAGAAUGAUAGAGAUGGCUGUGCUUGUUAAAUGCGGUCGCUAGGGUCGUGUUGGAAGUCUUCGGGUUCAUUUUCUCUCCACCCCACCGCUUCAGUCAUCGAGGGAAUCAUACGGGAAACUUUGAUGCGAGAUCAACUGUACAUAAUCAUUCUGGCGCUAUUGGGUCUGCAAUAUUUUCUUUCCUUGAUGAUACAGAAUGCAUAAUGAGAGAGACGCGUUUUUAGUUCGUAAUGAAAUAUUUUUUG